AUGAAAAGUAGUACAAACAAGACAUCAUCAUCAACAACAAAUUCUAUUUCAAUGGUUUCAACAACAAAUGAUGAUUUAAAAGCAAUUCAUUCAAUAGAAGCUAUUCUAGGUAUUAAACAUUACGAUAGUCAUCAUCAUCAUCAUCAUCAUCAUCAACAACAACAGCAGCAACAAUAUUUAUUUCCUUCUUCACAUCUUAUACCAUCAUCAAAAUUUAAUCAACAAAAAUUUUCAAAUAAAAAACGAAUUUCUAAUGAAUCUUAUCCUGAUAGUAAAGCAAUGCGUCGUAUGAAUAAUGAAAUUGAUACAUUGAGUACAAGUAAAAGUAAUGGUAAUUCAGAAGAUGAUAUUGAAGAUUUAGAUGAUGAUAAUGAUAGUGAUGAUCGUUUAUUAUCAAAUCAACAACAUAAUUCAAAAAAGAAACAUCGUCGAAAUCGUACAACAUUUACAACAUUUCAAUUACAUGAAUUAGAACGAGCUUUUGAAAAAUCUCAUUAUCCUGAUGUAUACAAUCGAGAAGAAUUAGCAGGCAAAAUUAGUUUACCAGAAGUACGAGUACAAGUUUGGUUUCAAAAUCGUCGUGCUAAAUGGCGUCGACAAGAAAAAGCUGAAGCAAGUACAUUAAAAAUAAAUCCUGAUUUUCCAAUGUCAAGUUUUCCACCAACAUCUCGACCAACAACAAAUCCAUCAUCAUCAUCACCUAUUUCAUCAACACUACCAUUAGAUCCAUGGCUUGUUUCACCAUUUACAACAUCAACAUCAACAUUUUCUACAAAUACAAAUGGAACACAUAAUCCAAAUAAUGUUACAUUUUUUCCAACAAAUUGUAAUGUAUCAUCACUUUAUUCAUCAUCAACAUACCCAACAUCACCACCAUUUCAUCAUUCAUACGGUUCAUUUUGUUCGGAUACAAAUGAAAUAAUUAAUGAAACAACAAAUUUAAAUCCGACUAAUAAUGCUAAUUCAAUUGCUCAUUUACGUAUUAAAGCAAAAGAAUAUAUGAGUGCCAUUAUUGGAACAACAAAUAAUACAAAAAAUCAUCUUAUAUGGCCUCAAGGUGUAUAA